AUGAACGCUGCCAACCCGCCAUCAAACAAUGGUAUUGCUUUACCCCCGUAUACGGAAGCCAACACCGACCCGGACUUAGAAGCUCCUCAGCCGAAUCACACGUGUCGGACGGCAGUUUGCCAAAAACUAGAACUGGUUCUCAUUUACAGUUUCGCUCUGUUGGUCAUCUUGGUUCUCUUGGGCGUGUUUGCCUACGAGAUGUACAUUCAAUAUCGCCAUGCCGUCACCUCUCGACACUAG